UCAACACAGAGAUGGCGACUGCGAUCAGGCUGCUGGGCCGGCGGGUGUCCACUUGGAGACUGCGGCCAUCACCGUCUCCCCUCGCUGUCCCGCGACGGUCCCACUCAUUACUGCCUGUGGACGAUGAUAUCAACGGGUUAAGCGGGGAACAGAAGCAGCUUCGUCAGACUAUGUCGAAGUUCCUUCAGGAACACCUGGCCCCCAAGGCCCAAGAGAUUGAUCAAAGCAAUGAGUUCAAGAACCUGAGGGAGUUCUGGAAGCAGCUAGGGAGCCUGGGAGUCCUGGGCAUCACGGCCCCUGUUCAGUAUGGUGGCUCUGGCCUGGGCUACUUAGAACAUGUGUUGGUGAUGGAAGAGAUAUCCCGGGUCUCUGGAGCAAUAGGGCUCAGCUAUGGUGCUCACUCCAACCUCUGUGUCAACCAGAUCGUUCGCAACGGGAAUGAGGCACAGAAAGAGAAAUACCUGCCCAAGCUCAUCAAUGGUGAGUUCAUCGGCGCCCUGGCCAUGAGUGAGCCCAAUGCUGGCUCUGAUGUUGUCUCCAUGAAGCUGAAAGCAGAAAAGAAAGGAGAUUACUACGUUCUGAACGGCAACAAGUUCUGGAUCACCAAUGGCCCUGAUGCUGAUGUCCUAGUUGUCUAUGCCAAGACAGACUUGACUGCUGUGCCAGCUUCUCGGGGCAUCACAGCCUUCCUGGUGGAGAAGGGUAUGCCUGGUUUUAGUACCUCCAAGAAGCUGGACAAGCUGGGCAUGCGGGGCUCCAACACCUGUGAGCUCAUCUUUGAAGACUGCAAGGUGCCUGCUGCUAACAUCCUGAGCCAAGAGAGUAAGGGUGUCUACGUACUGAUGAGCGGGCUGGACCUGGAGCGCCUGGUGCUGUCAGGUGGGCCCCUUGGGAUCAUGCAAGCUGUCCUGGACCACACCAUUCCCUAUUUGCAUGUGAGGGAAGCCUUUGGCCAGAAGAUUGGCCAAUUCCAGCUGAUGCAGGGAAAGAUGGCUGACAUGUACACCCGCCUCAUGGCAUGCCGACAGUACGUCUACAACGUGGCCAAGGCCUGCGACGAGGGCCACGUCACUGCCAAGGACUGUGCCGGCGUCAUCCUGUACGCAGCCGAGAGCGCCACACAGGUAGCCCUGGACGGCAUUCAGUGUUUAGGUGGGAAUGGCUACAUCAACGACUUCCCCAUGGGCCGAUUUCUUCGGGAUGCCAAACUGUAUGAGAUUGGAGCUGGGACCAGCGAGGUGAGGCGGUUGGUCAUCGGCAGAGCUUUCAAUGCAGACUUCCGCUAGCCCCACAGCCCUGGUCAACCCCUGGUCCUAGCACCAAGAGACCUUUCUUUGGAAGCAGAGGCAUGGCAGCCUUCUCACCUGUCUAAGGAAGCUCUGCUGCUCAGCUGCCCUUCUCAUGCCAGCCCUCUGCUCCGUGUGAGGUCGGAUCCUCCAGCCAGCCAGUCAGAAGAGCCCAAAAUGACUGCAAGAAGGACUUUGGCUUUUCUGGGGCUUGUGGGGAGAGCUUCAGAUGCCCUGCCUCUUUCAAUUUUCUUAGAGUGGUCCCUUUUCUUUCUUUUUUUCUGAGACAGGGUUUCUCUGUGUAACCUUGGCUGUCCUGGACUUCACAUUGUAGACCAGGCUGGCCUCUAACUCAUUAGGAUCCGCCUGCCUCUGCCUUACCAAGUGCUGGGUUUGCUGGCUGUUUCCCCAAGGUCUAAACAGCUCCAGAAUGCCUGUGCAAUAGACCCGUGGAAGGGCAGAGUCCACGGUCUAGCCAAGACAGUGUGCAGAGUGGCUCCUGCUGGCCUCCCUGGUGUGCCUGAGUCUGUCUGCAUCACUCUGUCACAGGCUAGAACUGGGCCUUCUCAUGUGACCUUCUGCAGCUGACUGGGCAGCUGACAGGCUCCAUGGCCCGGCCUGGUUUGCCUGGCUCAGCUCCAGCCUCUCUGACUGUACAUUUCUCUAGACACCCUGAAGCUAAUUGUGUUACAACCAGCCAGUGGCUGCUGCCAUUUUGUAUUUAACAUACUGCAAAGUAAAGCCUUCUGUGCCCAAAGCAGUGUUCUAGAGGAGAAGCAAGCCAUUUGCCAUGACCUGCCUGCACCCUGAGGGUGUCCUUGAAGAGUCCCGCCCCUUUGGUAACAGGACAGGAGGCCAGAGUGGGAACCCACUCAGACCCCAACUCCCAGUGACCUUUUCUUUCAUGUCCCUGAGCUAGGCAAGCACUGUACCCCCUGAGUCAGCUCCCUCCCCCUGCCAACUUCUCCUUGGUUUGAUUUCAGUCUCCCUGUAGCCCAGGCUAGCCUUGAACCAAGAUCUUGAACUGAAGAUCUGCCCCGAUCUCUUGAGUGCUGGGAUUACAGGCAUGACCCACAGGCAGACCCCUGCGAUUUUCCUUAAAGGGAGGGGAAGUCCGUCCGGUAUGUGAAGAUAGAAGGAGAACCUUAAGUUUCCGGAGGCCACCCCUGAGGGGCGUUUGUCUUUUGAGACACGAUCUAACCUGUAAUACAGAAUCCCCCUGCCUCUGCCUCCUGAGUGCCAUGAUCAUAGGCACGAACCACCAGACCUAGCACAUCUCUGAGUUUUGUUUUGUCUCCAAGUGUAGCCCAGGCCUUGAACUCAGAGAUCCUCCUGCCUCUGCCUCCCAAGUUGAGUUCUGGGAUUAAUUGCGUGUACCACCACCAUGCCCCUCCCAAUCUUUGCAGCUUUUUUUUGUUUAGUUUUGUUUUUCUAUAUCUUGACAUUUUCAAGGUCAGAAUUGGAGGAUCCCAACCUGUGGCUGCCGCAGAUAGCACCCUAGGAGUAGGUUCCCAAAAGUAAAACUGGUUUUCAUGGCUCCCAGCCCAGCAGGGCUUGGUCCAGGCCCACGGCCAAGUGCUGAGGCUUGAGACAGGUGGAGUUAGCGCCUUCCCGACCCCAGUCCAGUCCCAUCUAAAGUGGAAGUUCCAGAGCUCGAGGCUGCCCCUUGGCUUUCCCCCUCUGGGCCCUGCUCUGGUGGUGACCUAAGAAGGACCAGUGGAAUGACCCACUGAAGAUGUUCUAAGUGAGGCAGGGGUCCCACAAGCCGCAAGAUGGCUUGCCACUAAUCGAGACAACCUGAGUUGGAGUCCCGGAACCAUUGUGGGUGGAGAGCUGCCCUCUGACCUCCAGAAGUCAACAGGAUGCAACCCGGUCACCCAGUCGCGCCCACUGGAACCCUACCAAUUUGAGAGUGUCCCCCAGAAGGUCACAUGAUAAAAACCUUAAUCCCAGGCAUUUGUUAAUGGUUCGCUUGAGAGGACCCUCAUGACUUCGGUGGCUUUAGAAGAGGGGACCUUGAACUGCUGUGCUUGCCUUUUCCUGUGAGGUCCUCACCAUGUUCUGAUGCAACAGAAAAUCCUGGAGGUGGGAGUGUCUUGCUUUUGGAUACCCAGCUUCUGGAACCUUGAGCUAAAUCUCUAUAAUUACCCAAGGCGUGUGCCUCCAGCUAUAGCAACAGGAAGAAUGUGUUUGUUUUCCUGUUUGUUUUGCAAUGUGAUGCACACAAAUGUUUUUAAAUAAAAGACAAAACAAACUA